AUGGACGAAAAGCCGUCUGACGCCGAUAAGGACCUCCUGCAGCGGUUAAAUGCUCUGAAGCCUUCCACUAUCCAACUCGAGCCUAACAAGUUAUCUUGGGAUUUGGGCGGUCCAAGUGAUGAUGACGAUGAUGAUGAUGACCGUUGUGAGGACGAUAAGCCUGAUGCCAACGAAGUCGACCUCUUGUCUGCGAGAUUCAAGAAUCUUGGAGGCAUAGUGUCUCAUGCAGUUCCAGGCCAGCCAGAGGAGGACGUCGAAGACCUUCUCGCGGAUCUAAGAUCAAGGGAGACAUGGAAACUAGAACAUGAACUUCAAGCUGAAAAUGAAAUCAAAAGCCUGGUUGAUGAGGCUAAAAAAUUUCUCUUGAGGGGUGGCGAUGAAGCGAUAGCCAAACGACUGGAGAGUCCUAGCCGGUGCUCCAACCACAUUUCUGAAGAGAAGGAGGCCGAAGACUACAUUCAAAAUGUUCUUGAUGAGCUACGAACUCCGGAUUUUGCUCCGGAUGAUCAUCCGAAGGAAAGCCCAGGGGCGGACCCACUGGCCGAAAGCCGAGCAAGAACCGAUAAUGAAGAGAAAAAUGGACGAGAACUAAGCGACCCUCUUGAUCUUCCCUGUGUGCCUAUAUCAAAUCCAACAACAUAUUCCCUAACGGCACUGGGAAACCGAAGGAACAUCUUUACUGACCCGGACGAGUCAGAGCCAACCUGGUGUUGCAUUUGCAGUGAUGACGCGAAAUUAAAAUGCCUUGACUGUUACGACUUGCCGCUUUUUUGCCCUAGGUGCUGGAAGGAAAUGCACCUUGUCGAAGGGAAUGCAGAUGAGAGGGGCCAUCGGGCAGUGGAGUUUAGGAGAACGGCUAUGGAAGCAUGACGAGGCGGUAAAAGGAACUCUUUAUAUUAUAUUCCGGGAUUGUACUAAUUAGCGCUCAAUUACCCCAAGUCAGAGUCCGUCAUAAGAGCCAUUACGGUCCCCUUGAACCGUAUAUGUCGACAUGCAUAACCUCAUGCUCAUCCCUCCCGUAGUGAAGCAGGCUGCCAUUUUCCCACCCUUCCUAAUCCUAUGUCAUUUAUUUACUUAAUCCAUAAUCCACCAGUAACCGUGUCAUACCGUAUCCCUCGCCAAUGCACAUGCUCCGUCUUCCGAAUUAAGACCCCAUAAAGCAAACCAGGCUGACGCGAAUAUCUUGCGAGUGCAAAAUGCAACUCCACACCAAGAUACAUUUCAUUCGUCAUCACGAAAUCUCACCCGUUGAUCGCGUGUUCGCCCAGUGGUGUCCUGCCAGGCAGCAUUAAAUCGACUUCCGCUAGCAGCAAGGAGACCUUCUUCCUCGGCUUCCUCUGCGUCUUCAUCCAUUUGCUGCUCAUCAAACCUAGGUGUACGGAAUAGCGAAAUCAAAAGAACGAUGAGGGAGAAUCCUAUCGAUAAUAAAUUAAUAUUAAAGCGGUUAAACGGGGUAUCUUGUGCAUUGGUACGCGCACUCACCUAGAAAAACAAACUGAGCCCAGAAAUCGACAAUCCCAAAGAAAGGAAAGUUGAGAGUGAUUCGAUUGAGGAACGUGCUAGCGACACUUGGAGUGCAGACAGCUUUGGCCGCGGGAUUGUUCGCGAGUUCAGAGCACGGCUUUAGGUACUCCUUAUGUUUUGAGCAGUCCAAAGGUGCCGAGGCAGGAAUGGAUGGGUAAUCACAAAACGUCUGUGGGCCGUACGUUGCGUAUUGUGGAACGACAAUCAUAGAGAUCGAGUAGUUGAGAGCAAGCGUGAUAAGCGUGAGCAUCACUGUUGCGAGAAGAAGCGCCUGGGGUGAUGUGUGGCCUUUUCUAAUUUGAAGAAGCCUGAUCCACAAGAAUCGGAUUCCGAUUGUUGCAAUGCCAACAACAGAGCUGGUAAAUAAAUGGAGGACCAGGACAAUAAAUAUAACAUAAUCCGCAGGGAAGACACUCGCAGCUUCCACCAGCACCCAGUUAACUGGAUUAAUAAUAUUGAUUUUUCCUAGAAUGUAGCCGCACUUUUGUUUGCAAACGGAAUUUUUCGCUUUAUCGAUGCAGGUAAGGAGCAUCGAAAUCCAGAUCAUGACGGAGAUCGCUAAGAGAAGAAGUCCUCCGAGGAGCUUUAUUGGUCGGAAUACCGCACCAAGCUUGUACCAGACCUUAAUGACGAAAUUUCUCCCUUGUCCACGAGAAGCCUCCGCAAGGCGUUUGCGGCGGCGCAAUGUUCGUUCUUCUCGAACUAAGGAAUCAAGCUCCCUCCGGUCUUUAGAGGACAGAUGGUCCGGGUUUCCACCACAGCGACCCUCAAGCUGGCGCUGGCGCUCAAUGUUUUCCUCUAAUCUGGAUUCGAUGUUGGCGCUGAGCAUAGGACUAGAGAUCGACGGGGAA